AUGAGGAAGCCCGAUGCCGUCCCCGGGGACGGGGCCGACGAUGGGGACAGCGGGAGCGAGGGCAGAAGCGGAGGUGAGGAGACAAACGUGUGCGAGAAGUGCUGUGCGGAGUUCUUCAAGUGGACGGACUUCCUGGAGCACAAGAAGACCUGCACUAAAAACCCGCUGGUGCUGAUUGUGAAUGAAGAUGAGCCGGCACCGCCGUCCGAGGAGUUUCCAGAACCUUCCCCGGCAAGCUCUCCCAGUGACCCGACGGAGAGCGAGGCUGCCGAGGAGCCAGCUCCCGCAGAGAACGGCGAGGGCGGUGAGGUGAGGGCCCCCGAGAAGGAGGAGGAGCCCAUGGAAGCCGAGCCGGCUGGAGACAAAAGCUUCCAGAGCCCCGGCCCCUCACACCCAGGGAAGCCGCCUCUACCUCAGAUCCCCGAACCAGCUCCUGUGGCCGCAUACAGCAUGCCAAACACCAACGUGACCUUGGAGACCCUCCUGAGCACCAAGGUGGCCGUGGCGCAGUUCUCCCAGAACGCGAGGGCUGCAGGCAGCGUGGGAUCCAGCAGCGGGGUGACGGCGGUGGCCAUCCCCAUGAUCCUGGAGCAGCUGAUGGCCCUGCAGCAGCAACAGAUUCACCAGCUGCAGCUCAUUGAGCAGAUCCGCAGCCAGGUGGCCAUGAUGAACCGCCAGCCCCUGCGGCCGCCACUGAACCCCGGGGCAGCCACAGCGGCUCAGAGCGCCCCCGUGCCGGCCUCCAGCCAGCUCCAGGGGCUGGCCACCCAUUCGGCUCUGCAGCUCUCCGCCGGGGCCCCCCCUGUGCCCGUGGCUCCUGGCCCCACUGCCCAACCGGCUGCCUACGAGGGCCCCCAGCACCUGUCCCAGCCGGCCUCCGGGGCAAGCACCCCACACGUCCCCAGCGGGGGCCCUUCCGACACCGCCGAGGCUAGCGGGCCGGCGUCCUCCAGCGCGGCCCCGGCCUCCACCGCCCCGGCCUUGGCGGCCGGCACCUCCAGCAGCAACUCACAGCCGCAGAACGCCUCCACGCCCCCCGCCCUGGGGCCAGGGCCCCUCCUCAGCUCAGCCCCCAGCCUGCCAAACCCACUUCUACCUCAGACCUCCGCCAGCAGCGUCAUCUUCCCCAACCCGCUGGUCAGCAUUGCGGCCACCGCCAACGCGCUGGACCCCCUGUCCGCCCUCAUGAAGCACCGCAAGGGCAAGCCCCCGAACGUGUCGGUGUUCGAGCCCAAGGCCAGCACCGAGGACCCGUUCUUCAAGCACAAGUGCCGAUUCUGUGCCAAGGUGUUCGGGAGCGAUAGCGCCCUGCAGAUCCACCUGCGCUCCCACACCGGCGAGAGGCCCUUCAAGUGCAACGUCUGCGGGAACCGCUUCUCCACCAAGGGCAAUCUGAAGGUCCACUUUCAGAGGCACAAGGAGAAGUACCCCCACAUCCAGAUGAACCCCUACCCCGUCCCGGAGUACCUGGACAACGUGCCCACCUGCUCCGGAAUCCCCUAUGGGAUGUCGCUGCCUCCAGAAAAGCCCGUGACCACCUGGCUGGACAGCAAGCCCGUGUUGCCCACGGUGCCCACGUCGGCUGGGCUGCAGCUCCUGCCCACCAUCCCCGGGGUCAGCAGCUACGCAGACUCCCCCAGCCUCACCCCUGCAAGCCGCUCCCCGCAGCGGCCCUCCCCCGCAUCUAGCGAAUGCACCUCUCUGUCGCCUGGCGUCAACAGCUCUGAGUCGGGCCUCCCAGGGACUGCCGAGUCCCCACAGCCAGCGCUCAGCGGGUCUUCUCUGACCAAAACCGAGCCCGUGAGCCUGCCUUGCGCGAACACCAGGGCAGGGGAGGUCCCCAGCGGCGGGCAGGUCUCCACCACGUCCGCAUCCGCGGCCCUGACGGACAACAGCAUCUCCACAGGCCUGUGCAGCCCGGUCCUUCCCGCCGGCUCGGACCAGUUCAAGGCAAAGUUUCCCUUCGGGGGGCUGCUCGACUCCAUGCAAACAUCAGAGACGUCCAAGCUGCAGCAGCUGGUGGAGAACAUCGACAAGAAGAUGACGGACCCCAACCAGUGCGUCAUCUGCCACCGCGUGCUGAGCUGCCAGAGCGCCCUGAAGAUGCACUACCGGACGCACACGGGGGAGAGGCCGUUCAAGUGCAAGAUCUGCGGGCGCGCCUUCACCACCAAAGGCAACCUGAAGACGCACUUCGGGGUGCACCGGGCCAAGCCGCCCCUGCGGGUGCAGCACUCAUGCCCCAUCUGCCAGAAGAAGUUCACCAACGCCGUAGUGCUGCAGCAGCAUGUCCGCAUGCACAUGGGGGGCCAGAUCCCCAACACGCCGCUGCCCGACGGCUUCCCGGACGCCAUGGACGCCGAGCUCCCCUACGGCGAGAAGGCGGCGGAGGCCCCCAGCGGCCACGACGACGACGCGGACGAGAACUCCAUGGAGGACGACGCCGAGCUGCGGGAGCCCGCCGGCGACGCGCCCAGGCCGCUCCUGUGCUACGCGGGGUCCUGCCCGCCCUCGCCGCCCUCCGUCAUCUCCAGCAUCGCCGCCCUGGAGAACCAGAUGAAGAUGAUGGACUCGGUCAUGAGCUGCCCGCAGCUGACCGCCUUGAAGGCCAUGGAGAACGGGUCCGGGGAGAGCGACCACCUGAGCAACGACUCCUCGUCGGCCGUGGGCGACCUGGAGAGCCGGAGCGCGGGCAGCCCGGCCCUGUCGGAGUCCUCGUCCUCCAUGCACGCCCUGUCGCCCAUGAACAGCAACAGCGAGAGCUUGCACUCCAAGUCCCCGGGCCUCAGCAACCAGGAGGAGCCCCAGGAAGCGCCUCUAAAGACCGAAAGGCCGGACAGCCCUGCCCCCGGCCCCGAAAACGGAGGCGCGCUGGACCUCACGGCGGCCCCGCCCGGCCGGCCGGCCAUCAAGGAGGAGGCCCCCUUUAGCCUGCUGUUCCUGAGCAGAGAACGGGGUCCCGGCCAAACCACUCCUAGCCUG